GUCGCUCAUCCUCCAUUGGCUCCGCUCCGCUCUGCGCUCAGCCUCACACCGAGCAGCCUGCACACCGCACAGAGCGCGUGUGAGCACCCAUCCAACCCACGCUGCCUUGAGCCGGACUCCGCUUCCCACGCUGCUUAAAAAAAAAAAAAGAUGGAGAAAAAGAGCGAAAUCAACGGGCACGCCAUGGCCAACUCUGCGUCCACGGACCGGAUGGUGGAGAAAAGCGCGCAGAAGAGCUUCAGGGAGAAGCUGAUGGAGUUCCUGGGGAGGAACCUGCUGGUGAUCAUGACGGUGUCCGGGGUGCUGGUGGGCGUGGGGCUCGGGAUGCUGGUCCGCAACAUGAACCUGACCAAGGCGCAGAUGACCUACUUCGCGUUCCCCGGAGAGAUGCUGCUCCGGAUGCUGAAGAUGAUCAUCCUGCCCCUGGUGGUCUGCAGCCUGGUGUCCGGCGCCGCCAGCCUGGACACGCGCUCCCUGGGCAAGCUGGGGGGCAUCGCCGUCGCCUACUUCCUGGUGACCACGCUGAUCGCCUCGGGGAUCGGAGUCACCCUGGCCUUCAUCAUCAGACCCGGGGUGGGCGCAGGAGCCCUGAACAGCAACAGUCUGGGGCUGGAGAGCGUCAGCAGCGACAAGGAGACCGCCGACUCCUUCCUGGACCUGGCCAGGAAUUUAUUCCCAUCCAACUUGGUGGCUGCUGCUUUCCGCUCUUAUGCCACUGACUACAAGAUGGUUGCUGUAGGGAAUGACACCAAUGGGACCAUGCUCUAUCAAAAGGUGCCUGUUGGUACAGAAUCAGACGGCAUGAACAUCCUUGGUCUGGUGUUGUUCGCCAUGGUGUUUGGUGUGGCGCUGAGGAAGCUGGGAGACGAAGGGGAAGAACUCAUUCGUUUCUUCAACGCUUUCAACGAGGCCACCAUGGUGCUGGUGUCCUGGAUCAUGUGGUACAUCCCUUUCGGCAUCAUGUUCCUGGUGGGCAGUAAGAUUGUGGAAAUGGAAGAUGUGGUUCUUCUGGUCACCAGUCUGGGGAAAUACAUCUUUGCUUCGAUCCUGGGCCACAUUAUCCACGGAGGCAUCGUCCUGCCCCUCAUCUACUUCGGCUUCACACGCAAGAACCCCUUCAGCUUCCUGUCAGGCCUCAUCACGCCCUUCACCACCGCCUUCGCCACCUGCUCCAGUUCAGCAACUCUUCCCUCCAUGAUAAAGUGUGUUGAGGAGAACAACGGCGUGGACAAACGCAUCAGUCGCUUCAUCCUUCCCAUCGGGGCCACGGUCAACAUGGACGGGGCCGCCAUAUUCCAGUGCAUCGCCGCCGUCUUCAUCGCUCAGCUCAACAACUACGACCUGAAUGCCGGACAGAUCUUCACCAUCCUGGUGACAGCCACAGCCUCCAGUGUGGGUGCAGCAGGGAUCCCGGCCGGAGGCAUCAUCACCAUCGCCAUCAUCCUGGAGGCCAUCGGCCUGCCCACCAACGACCUGUCCCUCAUGCUGGCUGUUGACUGGAUUGUGGAUCGUACCACCACGGUGGUGAACGUGGAGGGCGACGCUUUAGGGGCCGGGAUCCUCCACCACAUCAACCAGCAGGAGAUGAAGAAGCAGCAGGAGCAGCAGCAGCAGGAGGACGGGGAGCUGGCGGAGGUCCGGGUGGAGGCGGUGGCCAACGUCCAGGCGGAGGAGGAGACCUCACCGCUGGUCACACACCAAACCAAAGCGUCGGCGGCCAUGCCGGAAGCCAUCGAGUCUGUCCUGUGAACUCUGCAAGACUUCUUUUUCUUGCUCCUCCACCUGACCUUUACGACUUUUCGGUACUUCUGACGUUGCCGCUGACGGACGGGACGCCAUUCUGACUCAGUGUCCAUUUAAAAAAAAAAAAAAAAAAAAAGGUCACUGAUGGUUUCACUUGUGAGGAAAAACACAAAGUGCCAUAGUAACAGUAACUAGGGCAUUGACCGUCUAGUGCUGCUGUUGUGCUAUUGAAAUUCAGUCACUUGGUCUCAAUUACUGGGUUUCCAUCCAGGUAUUUUAGUUAGGAUAUGAUGAAUUUUAAAAUUUUAAAAACACUCUCUCAAUCUAGCUUCAAUGUGCUACAAGUGAGGUGAUUUUUUAAUUUUUAAAAAUUUUUGAUUAAAGGCUAAUACAUACUCCGCAAGAACAGAGAAAUGUGUUCUCUCUCCCAGAGCUGCAAGAACAGAAUUGCCAUUUUGUUCUUGCAGCUCUGAGAGAGAGAACAAAUUUCUCUGGGCAGAAUUUUGUUCUUGUGUGGUGUCUGAGAACUAUUGUUUGAUUGGUCAGAAAUUUGAAAUUUGAAUGAGAGAUGUGCUGCAGUGGGAGGGCCCUGUGACGACUUCCCACACUGCAGAAAAGGUGUGACUAAAAACAAGAUAAAAACACUAAAUCUGAGGGAAAUGAUCUUGCUGCAUGGACAGAUAAUUUACCUUGACAAGAUUUCUUAAAUUAAGAUUGUUCAAUCUAGAAAUAAGCAUGUUGAACGCUUAAAAUAAGAAAUUAACUCUUAAAACAAGAUAAAUUAAAGCUGCAAGCAGCGAUGAACUGGUCCGAGCAGAGUGACCUGACAAUUAUUUGUUUCUUACCAAGAUUAAAAAAACCCUUCAGAUUUCCAAGUGUUACAUAAUUUAUCUUGUUUUAAGAGUUAUUUCUUAUUUUUAGCGUUCAACAUGCUUAUUUCUAGACUGAACAAUCUUAAUUUGUCAAACCAAGGCUAACAUGCAACUAUCAGUUAGCUAUGAUUAUUGUUCCUAUUUCUUAGCUCAUGUUUGCUAGCUAAUUAGCAAGCUAAAGAAAAACAUUUCUUUAGGCGUGUUAAUAUUUUGUUGGUAUUUUUCUUAGCUGUAUGUUAAAAAAAAUACUUUCUAACAAUACAUCAGUAAAUUAUAAAAGUAGCUAGUAGCUUUGUUGCUAAUUGCUUUUGAGAAACGCGUUAGUUAGGAAUCUGAGAAUUAGCUAGUUUGUUUUGGGCUUUGCUAGCUAGCUAAUUAGCUAGCUAUAGAAAUGUUAACAUGCAACUAUCAGUUAAUUAUUGUUCUUAUUUCUUAGGUAAUGUUUGCCUAGCAUAUCAAGUGUUUAGUCUUUUAGACCACCAAACGGCAAACCCUGAGAACAAGCAAGAGUUUACCCAAAAUGAAAGUAGCUGUCAAAAUUGUCAAGUGAAAUUAUCUGUCCAUGCAGCAAAUUAAUUUCCCUCAGAUUUAGUGUUUUUAUCUUUUUUUUAGACCCCUUUUUUUGCAGUGCGGAAGUUUCUCGUGAAGUAUGAAACAUCCUGGCCAGAAAUAACGUUUUUCUUGUUCUUGCCAUCUCGAGAACAAGAACAAAUGUCUCUGCUCUUGUGGAGUAUGUAAAGGGGCUUAAGGCAUGAUACCCAAACAGUGAUGGAGGCACACUUUGUGCAAAAAAAAUCCCUAAAAACAUUCCCAUAAAUGUCAUAGUUGUGUGUGUCUGAUGUACUGUAUGAGAUGCUCACGGCCAUAAGUUUGUACAUUAGAGCAUCAUCGAGUGCAUUUGGGUUUUAUUUUGUUUUUAUCUGCAGACAGCAAAAACGAUGACCAACAUUAACUUAAAACACUAACAACUUGCCGAGCGCUUGCCAAAAGUCAAAGUGUCACACUUACACAUGCUGUCGUAAAUCUUAAGUACACGUGCAGAAAGCAUGUUCAGUCGCUCAGCUGGUGAAAGCCUGUGUGUUCACCUUUUUAUGUGGUCAGCUCAUUUUUAUUUACAUUCUUCGUUUGAGGGAAACAGCUAAUUGCGUCUUUUCAGGUCAAAUCAGCUUGAAAAGGGAACUGUUUGGACCCAGGUUUUUAAACUGUUGUCAUAAUUCAGAGACGUGUGCACGAGAUGUGCCCGGGCUUUAUUUGCCGACCGUCAGCAGACAAUGUCAAACAUUAACACUUCAAAUGAAUGAAUGUUGAGAAUUUGGCCUCGCGCAACCUGUUUAUCUAGUGACACAGAUACAGUGGUUCAGCAGGGUGAACAUUGGACCAUUAGAAGUAGCGUGCACAUUGCCACUAUGAUCUAAUGUGAAAAAACCCACCCAUACGUGUUAUAUCCCUGACUAAUCCUAUUUAUCCGUAAGUAAACAGAACAUUGGGGUUAUUUACAUAACCAUGGUUCUCUAAAUCUCUAAUACCCUGGAAAAAGACCUCACAAAAGCAAACUACAAAUGUGAUAAAGUACAUAAGCUAAACUCACAGCUGAUAUCAGCAUUUUUGCAGUAUGCCUCUUUAAUUUUGUGAUGACAGCAGUUUAAAGCUGUUAUCCAUUCGCUCCUUGAGUCUGCAUGUGAACUAAUACCAGCUACACACUAAACACCCAGCUGUCUCAGCUGGAGCGUGUCUAUGUUUCCCAAUUUUUUAAAAAAAAGGUCCUAUGUUCCCAGUUUUUCCCAAAAAGGGUCCUAUGUUCCCCGGUCUGUUACUUUUUCCACCAUUACUACCAAAUUCCAUGGCAAAUAGGCCUAACCCUAACCCUAACCGGGGAACAAAAAAGGUCCUAUGUUCCCCGUUUUUCCCAAAAAGGGUCUUAUGUUCCCCUUUAGCAAUACAUACCGGGAAGCAUAGGAUCCUUUUUCCCCGAUAUGUAUUGCUACAGGGGAACAUAGGACCCUUUUUGGGAAAAACGGGGAACAUAAGACCUUUUUUCUAAAAAUUGGUCCUAUGUUCCCCAGUCUCAUACAAAAAGGGGAACAUAGACCCGCUCCUGUCUCAGCGAGCUAGCUCUUAGAACGUUGCUUAAUGCAUCAGCGGUUUUUGAAUUAGGCAAGCUAAUUAUUUUGUUGGUGUCUUUCUUAGCUGUAUGUUAAAAAAAUACUUUCUAACAAUACAUCAGUGAAUUAUAAAAGUAGCAAGUAGCUUUGUUGCUAAUUGCUUUUGAGAAACGCGUUAAAUAGUAAUCUGAAAAUUAGCUAGUUUGUUUUGGGCUUUGCUCGCUAGCUAAUUAGCGAGCUAAAGACUGUUAACAUGCAACUAUGAGCUAGCUAUGAUUAUUGUUCUUAUUUCUUAGUCAAUGUUUCCUUGCUAAUUAGCGAGCUAAAGACAUGUUAACAUGCAACUAUGAGUUAGCUAUCAUUAUUGUUCUUAUUUCUUAGUCAAUGUUUCCUUGCUAAUUAGCGAGCUAAAGACAUGUUAACAUGCAACUAUCGGUUAGCUAUCAUUAUUGUUCUUAUUUCUUAGGUAAUGUUUGCUAGCUAAUUAGCUAGCUAAAGACAUGUUAACAUGCAACUAUCAGUUAGCUAUGAUUAUUGUUCUUAUUUCUUAGUCAAUGUUUCCUCGCUAAUUAGCGAGCUAGAGACAUGUUCACAUGCAACUAUCAGUUAGCUAUGAUUAUUGUUCUUAUUUCUUAGCUCAUGUUUGCCUAGCAUUUCAAGUGUUUAGACUUUCACACCACCACACGGCAAACCCUGACAACAAGCAAGAGUUUACCCAAAACGAAAAUAGCUUUCAAAGAUGGCUGCUGCCACCAGGUGAACUUACUGCAUCAGAAUAAAAUCUGUACGCGUUCACCAGAGUGGCAACCAGUGGUGGAAAAAGUAUUCAGACGUCUUACUUAAGUAAAAGUACUAAUAUCACACUGUGAAAUUACUCCACUACAAGUAAAAGUCCUGCAUUCAAAACUUACUGAAGUAAAAGUACAAAAGUAUCAGCAUCAAAAUGUACUUAAAGUAUCAAAAGUAAAAGUACUCUUAAUGCAGAAUGAACCCACUUAGACUGUUUUAUAUAUUCCAAAUAUAUUAUUACAUUAUUUGUAUUGAUGCUUUUAUGUAAGCAGUGUUUUAAUUUAGUAAAGACAGAGCUCAUUUAAUUGCCUAAUAUACUGCCAUGAGGUUUAAUUAAAAAAAUGUCAAAUUUCUUUGAAUUGAUCAUGUUUUUUUAUGUCAAAUCUUGACAUGAAAAGUAACUAAAGUGGAGUAAAAAGUACAAUAUUUGCCUCAAAAUGUAGUGAUGUAGAAGUAAAAAGUUACAGGUAACAAGUACAAGUACCUCAAAAUUGUACUUAAGUAAAGUACUUGAGUAAAUGUACUUAGUUAUUUUCUACCACUGGUGGCAACAGCUUCGUAAAAAAGGUUUAAGGAAUGGCAAUUCAUUGUGCGGAUAUUAAAGACACUGAAGCUUCAUUUGGCCAUCACUAGAAGUGUCCGGUCCUGUUGGCAUAGCACUUAAAGCUAUGUAAAUAUUACCUGCUAUUGAAGACUUCCAAUGUGGUUAUUUGAAGACAUCUUGAUGAGCUAAUGGGAUCGUGUUUGAGACAUAUUCAUAAUUACAGUUAAUUUGGACAUUUAGUUUGAAAGUACUGUAAACAUGCCUGUUUGUUCGACGUCAUGAAAACACUCCCAUUUAUUUUAAAAAAACACAGAUAUUUUCAGUUUGUGGUUGUCAGUGAGGUCAGUAGUUUAAGAUUAUUAAGAAAUCUAGGAAAUAAUCCACAAAGGAAUUCACUCAAAAAUCAAAGCUUCAUCAAAUGUUUACACACAAAUAUUGGACCAAAAUGGACGAUGAGUUCACAACCUUUGAUUUUAGAGUGAUUUUUCUGUGUUUCAGAGGUUUGCAUCAUGAUAUAAGCCUCGAGGUGAUAUGAUGUUGGUUAGUAUGUGAAUUUUAAUUGUUUUAACCCUUUGAUGCACAACAUAUAAACACCUUUUAAUGCACAACAUGGGUCUAAAAUGACCCGCAUUCAUUUCCCAUGUUAUUUCAUGCUUUUUUAAAUUACAACAGAUCAUUAUAUCCAUUUUUCCUUUCAUACUUUAUGAAGAAAGAUAUUUUUUGUAUUAUUACAGCAAGUUUACACACAUGGGUCAACAAUGACCCAUUCAUCCAAAUUUGAUUUAAAAUGAAAUGACCUAAUAGUAUAAUAAUAAUAGUUUGUACUGUACUUACACUGAAUACUUGGACUAAUAAAUGAUAAAAUGCAUUUUUUUCAAAGAUGUAUAAUAGAAACAUUCAUCCAUUCAAAAUGGAUAUGGGUCAUUUUUGACCCAUGUUGUGCAUUAGAAGCGUAAUGAUACAAAAAGGGUUUUUAUUCAAAAAGUAAGGAAUGAAAACAAAAAAUUUGCAUGUAUGAUGAUCAAAAACAAGUUGAUUGAGGAGAACCUGGAAUACUGAAUGACGAGAUUAAUUUAUUGCAAAGAUAUUGAAAAUAAAAACUCAGUCAGGUCACUUUAGACCCAUGUUGUGCAUCAAAGGGAUCAUUUUAAAGGGAACAUUGGUUUUUUGCCACUGUCAUGACACAUUUUAAGUGUUAAAUUUCCUUCAUUUAGGGAUAAAAAACUGUACGACAGGAUUUGUAGAUGGCUAUAGUUGGUGUCCAUGCUAGAUUUUGACAUGAAAUUGCCAAAUUUCUGAGCAGGAAGUCUCCCUUUAGGAUGCAGGACUUGACUGACAGAAUUAUCCUGCGCUGCCCUCUAGUGGUCACAAUGAUGCACAACAUGGGUCUAAAGUGACCCGACUAAGUUUUAAUAUUCUACAUAUUUGCAUUAAAUUACUUUCAUCAUUCAGUAUUGCAGGUUUUACCUAAAAUAACUUGUUUUUGAUCAUCAUACAUCCUCAUUUUUUGUUUUCAUUUCUUACUUUUUGAAUAAAAAACAUUUUUUUAUCACCACGCUUCUAAUGCACAAGGUCAUUUUUGACCCAUGUUGUGCAUUAGAAGGUGUUUAUAUGUUGUCACCAAUUUAAAACCUGACAAAGAAGACACAAAUAUUAACUAUCCUAUUUUGUUAAAUUGGUAUUUUUCCAAUGAAAAUUAUUAUUUUGUGUCUCUAAUAAAUCUCAAAUGUUAAAAUAUGUGAUUUUCCAAUGUAAUCUGGUGGUUCUAACAACUCUUUUAAAGUUAAACCUUCAAAAUAAGACAAACAUAGUUACACAUAUACUCACUUUUUGCAUCACUACGCUUCUAAUGCACGAGGUCAUUUUUGACCCAUGUGUGUAAACUUGAUGUAAUAAUACAAAAACUAUUUAUCUUAUAAAAAUGGAUAUAAUGAUAAAAAAAAAGAUAUUCAAACACACAGCCAGCAUUAAAUAACAUGGGAAAUUAAUGCAGGUCAUUUUAGACACAUGUUGUGCAUUAAAAGGUUAAUUAAAUGACCACUUUGGUAAAAAAAAUGUCCUAUUUAUUUCAUGUAUUAUUUGACAUUCAUGGGGAACUUGUCCUGUGAUGUUAUACUGUUUUAAAGUGAAAGACCACGAAGGUGAAGAAACGAAAUUAAUGUGAAUUUAAGCUUAAUUAAUGCAUGUUGCUGUCCUCUAAUGUCUGAGAUGCUCGUUUGUUGAAAGUGUUCUAGAGAGGAAGUAAACUAGUAAAGGUUCGAACAUUUCUUACUCAUCGUUUCAGAUUUAACAGAUGACUU